AUAAUUUUAACUUUUUAGAUCAACAGAGCAUAUUUGGCGCGAAAUCGGAUUUCCCUCGGCAACGUGAUUAUCAAUAACAAAAUGUUGCUCGUGUAACAAAAUUUAUUAGAAUUUACAAUGGAUAUCAGAAAUUAUUUUGGAUCUAUUGGAAGUUCAGCUAAAAAGGUAACUUCUACACCAAAUAAACCCAAAGAGUUAAUUCCUACUAAAUCAGAUGGUUUGAAAAGUAAUAAAUCUCCAAAGGAUCUUAUUAUCUUAGAGGAGAACAACAACAUUGAUAAGCGAGAGAAACCUGGAAAGAAGCUAAAUGCCAGCAAUCACUCAGUUGAAAAACGUGUUAAUGAAAAUGUAUUGGGAGGAAAGAAACUUGCUGCAACUACACCAGAGCAGGUGAAGAAGAAAGAAAAAUACAAUGGUAAAGGUUCUAGAGCUGAUGAAAAUAGCACAAACAAAUCUUCACAUCAAGAAAAAAAUGUGGAUAAUAAGAAAGAAACCAGCAAGAAAAAGACUGAGAAAAAGCAGUCAGAAGAUAUUGGCAAAGUGUCUGGGAAAAAACGGAGGUAUUUCAGUGAUAGCGAUGACGAUUUUGAUGUUAAGAAAAUGAAGACCUCUCCAAAGCAGAUGGACAACUCCAGAGAACAUGACAAAAAAUCUAUUAGCAAAAAAGACAAGGACAAAAAGUCUGUUAGCAAGAAUGAUAAGGAGAAAACUAUGGAAAAAAAGAAAGAGAAGUUGAAUAAAAGUCAGGAGGAAGCUGGCAAAGAAAAGUCAAGGGUGGCAUCAAAGGAGAAAUCAGCAAGAAUUGGUAAAGAGGAAAUGGUAAUGUAUGUUGAUAGCGAUGUUGACAGUGAUUCUUCACCUUUAAAGAAAACCUCCAAGAAGAAAGAUAAGAAGAAAAAUAUUAAGAUUUCAAGUGAAGAGGAGAAAGAAGAAUCAGAUGAUGAUGUGUCUCGAAGAAUUAUCAAAAAAGGAAAGAAAAAGAAGAAGAAACACAGUUACAGAAUAUCUGAUUCUGAUUCUGAAGAAGAAGUUAAAGUGAAGAAACCCAGAGAGAAAAAACCAAAAAAGAGACAGCCUAUGUUCUGUGAAUCAGAUGAAGAUGAUGGAAUGAAAUCUUCAAUCAAAACUUUCUUCAAACCUCAGUCUCAAAAUGAGAAACCAACUUCAUCAAAAAAUGCAAAGUCUCCAGCAAAAAGAGAAGCAGUGAGCAGUGCAGAUUUCUUUGGUUCUUCUGUAGUUGAAAGAACAGAAAGGAAAGUAACUAUUAAGGAAAAGAAUGAAGUGGAUGAAUCUUUUGAAGACGAAUUUCAUGAUGAUGAUGAUUUCCUGGCAACCUUGGCUCAGCUUGAUGAAGAAAUUCCUGUUAACAAAAAGGCUAAAGGCAAAACACCUGAGAAAAAAGCAGUUACACCUCAGAAACACACACCUUCGAAAAUAACUUCUAGCUGUUCUGUCACUCCAAAGAAAAGUGUUACACUCAGUAAAGUGACACCAGAAAAAAGACUCACACCAAGACGAGGAACACCAGAAAUGACAGUUACAUAUUGCAAAGAUACUCCUGAAAGAACUUCCAAACAACUUACUCCUUCUAAAUCAGCCACUUCUUCAAGUAGUCCUGGCAACAGUCUUACUAGUAAAUUGGCUGCCAAAAUGAAAGAAAAGAAAGAAGAACCAGUCAGAGCCUCACCAAAAACACCAACCAAAGUAAUAACCACAACUCCCAGUCAAAAACCUAAAGUUAACAUUCCAGAAACACCCACACCAAAUCCUGCAGACAGGAAAACCUCAUACCUGUCAUAUCUGAACAGAGAAGGGCCUCAGCAUCUUGGAUCUAAAGAAAUUCCAACGGGAGCUGAGAACUGUUUGGAGGGCUUAACGUUUGUAAUCACUGGAGUUUUAGACUCAAUUGAAAGAGAUGAGGCAAAAUCUUUAAUUGAGCGGUAUGGUGGUAGAGUAACACUUUCACUGAGCCGCAAGACAAAUUAUUUGAUUGUUGGUCGAGAACCUGGUCAAACUAAAAUACAGAAAGCAAGCAGCUUGAAAACACCACAGAUUGAUGAAGACGGUUUGCUUGAUCUAAUCCGCAGUAAACCAGGCAAAAAAUCUAAAUUCCUUAUCGAUGCAGAAAAAACAGUGAAAAAAGAAAACUUGGAAGCAAAGAAAAACGAAAAAGAAAGUAAUGUUAGUGGUGUGAAACGUAAUGUUAAAAGCCCAUUAAAAGCCAGUUGUGUGCCUUCUACCUCAGAUUCUGCCAAAGAAACAAAGCCAGACACAACAAAUAUUCCCAAAACUCCUUCAGAUACAUCACUCCUUUGGGUGGACAAGUACAAACCUAGCACGUUAAAACAGAUAAUUGGUCAAAAUGGUGACAAAAGCAAUGCAAAGAAACUUUUCAAUUGGAUCAGUAACUGGCAUGCAAACCGUGCGGCAGGAAUCAAACCUCAACCAAAUCGAUUCUAUCGUGGAAAUGAUAAUGGUGCAGGUUCAAAGGCAGCCCUUCUCUCUGGUCCACCUGGCAUUGGCAAGACAACAACUGCUCAUGUUGUCUGUAAGGAAGCUGGUUUUUCACUUGUUGAAAUGAAUGCAUCAGACACACGGAACAAAUCUUCUCUCAGUGAAGAACUAGCAACUUUACUGAAGAAUACAUCCUUAGUUGAUUAUUGUGGAACUGAGAGAUCAUCCUCAAAUGGCUUUAAACAUUGUGUGAUAAUGGAUGAAGUUGAUGGAAUGGCUGGUAAUGAAGAUCGUGGAGGUGUUGCGGAAUUGAUCCAAUUGGUGAAAACUACCAAAAUACCAAUUAUAUGUAUAUGUAAUGAUAGACAACACCAGAAAAUCCGUUCCCUUGCAAAUCACUGUUUUGAUUUGAGAUUCCAGCGUCCACAUAUGGCACAAAUAAAGGCUGCCAUGAUGACUAUUGCAUACAAAGAAGGCCUUCAGAUUAACCCAGGUGCAUUAAAUGAGAUAAUUUCAGCUUCUAAUCAUGAUAUUCGACAGGUCAUCCAUAAUUUGUUCAUGUGGAGUUCAUCUAAUAAGAAUAUAUCAUAUGAAGAUGCCAAAAGCAAUGCAGAAAUGGCUAAGAAGGAUAUAAAACUUAAUCCUUUUGAUGUGUGUCGGCAAGUCUUUGCUGGUGGUGAGAAGAAAAUGUCCUUUAUAGACAAGUCAGAUUUAUUUUUCCAUAAUUAUCAACUAGCACCUUUGUUUGUGCAAGAAAACUAUGCAUCUGUUGAGCCGUUUGCAGGAAGAGGAAACACAGCGAAACAUUUGUCUCUGUUAGCACAUGCAGCCAACAGUAUCUGUGAUGGAGAUAUUGUUGAAAAGCUCAUACGCCAAAGACAGAACUGGAGUCUACUUCCGGUAGAGGCUGUAUACGCUAGUGUUUUGCCCGGUGAAUAUAUGAGAGGCAGUGUUAACUAUAUGGUGUCUUUCCCAAGUUGGCUUGGGAAAUACUCAUCUCAGAACAAAAACCAACGUAUCUUACAGGAACUUGGAGGUCACAUGAAACUAAAUAUUUCAGCAGACCUAAGAGGUCUCAACCUGGAUUAUCUACCAUGUCUUCAGCAACACCUCGUGAAACCUCUACAAGAGCAACAAAAGGAGGGUGUACCUGAAGUCAUUGCAUUGAUGGACAAAUAUGAUUUACUUAAGGAAGACUAUGACAAUAUAAUGGACAUUACCAAGUGGCCUAAUUCUAAGGAUUACACCAAAAGCCUCACUACUGCUACCAAGGCGGCAUUCACACGGAGUUAUAACAAAGAAUCUCAUCUGACCCCAUAUGCUACUGGAACAGUGUCAAAGAAGCGUGCCAAAGCUGAAUCAGCAGGUGAUGAUGUAUUUGGUGAUGGAAGCACAAUAGACCAAACAUCUGACAGAGAAGAUGCUGAUUCUGAUGGUGAUGUUACUAAAGAUACUAUGAUUAAGAAGUCUGCAAACAAAAGUUCUGAGAAGACGGAUGUUAGUAAAGGAAAGGGAAAAGGAAAAGGGAAAGGAAAAGGGCAGUCUAAAAGCUCAUUGUAGCAGACUCCUUUCAAUUCUUUUUGAUUAUUGAAUCAUGAACAUUGUUUUCAGCAACAAAAUGUGUUUGCUCCAUUUUGAAGCUGUCAUUGAUUUGACAUUAAUUUUGCUUCUUUUUCUUUUUUUUUCCCUCCUCAUUGAGGAUAAUUUCAAUAAAUUUUAAACAUUUUGUAGUAAAAACA